AUGCUCAUUGAAGUGCCCCCUUUUUGUGCGUCACAUGUUCUCGCUCCUGCCUUGAACAAGCUGAAAGUGGAGCCAUGGUACGUCCUUCCUGCUACGCGAGCCACAUUAAAUUUGCAGGCAUGCUUAGAGGGCGGUCAGGCCUUUAACUGGGUUAAGGUUGCAGAUGAGCACUGGGGAUCUGUCAUAGACCGUUCUAUUAUUUUGCUUUCCUAUAGCUCCUGUGAUAGGGUGAUUUUUCAUCAAACGGGCUCGAUUUCUCCUGAAAAUGCAUACCACUAUCUUUUUGAUUAUUUCCGCCUAAAUGUUUCCCUAGAUGAGCUUAUCAUCAAAUGGCGAUCAAGCGACAAGUAUUUCGACUCCAUUUGCGAUACUUUCGAAGGGAUUAGAAUAUUACGACAAGAUCCACUGCUAACCCUGCUCUCUUUUAUUUGCUCAUCCAACAAUAAUAUCUCGCGUAUUACCAAAAUGGUCCAGUCCUUGCAUGUAAAUUUUGGAACUCCUCUUGAUAGCAAGGAAGCGCUUUCUUUUCCCUUGCUUUCGUAUGCUUUUCCGACAAUUGAUCAACUAUCUGCCGGCAUGGCCACUUUAGAAACUAAAUUGAGAAACUUGGGCUUUGGCUACCGGGCAAGGUUCAUUUCCGAAACAGUCAAAUUGCUUUCCGAACUUGGUGUUUCCGCUCUUUAUCAGCAAAGAGAAUCUUGCUCAUAUGAAAACGUUGUUGCUUUUCUUCUUCAGUUUCCGGGAGUAGGAAGAAAGGUUGCCGAUUGUGUGGCUCUUUUUUCUCUAGAUCGAUUAGAUGCCUUUCCAAUUGAUGUUCACAUGUACAAAUUAGCUUUAAAGAUCUACUUCUGUUCACCGGGUACCUUGAAGAAAUCUACUCUAGCAGAAUCUGAGUAUAAAAAGAUACGCGAACACUUUUGUAACCUAUUUAAAAUUUAUCCUGGAUGGGCCCAAUCUGUCCUUUUUACGUCGCAGUUGAAACGAUUUUCACCAGAAAAUACCAAUUUAUUAAAUAAAUAA